AUGGACAAAGAAACUGGCUCACAUGAGACCAUUCUAAAUUUUAUCAAUAGCAAUUAUGAAUGUGUUAAUUCUAAUGAAGAUGACUACCUGUUGGAUAAUGAUAGUACGAGUUUUAUUAGUGAAAGUUUGGCAUCUGAAAACUGCAGAACAGAAAGUACUAUGAACGAAGAUGAAAUUGAAAUGAAUUCAUUCGUCUGGGAUAGAAUAGGUUUUGAAAAAGCAUACGCAAUGGCCGCUGCAGAUGAAAAUGAAGAUUUAAUCUGGGAAGACAUAGAAGUGGAAAAUGAUGAAACCGACUCAAUAUCAAUAUUUAAUUCUGAAUCAACAGAAGGAAGUAUAUAUGUAGUGGAUAAUGUUUCUAGUAAAAGUUUAACAUCCUGCGUUCUUAUAGACACGGUUGAUGGUCAUAUCCAAUGCUGUGCAAGUCAAACUGAAAGACAAAGACCUCUAACUCAAUUAGUUGGAACAUGGGAGAUAGAUGAUAAAGUGUUUCUUAAAGCGAAGGAGGAAAAUAAGCUACAUUCUCUAGGUGUUUGUUAUGCACAUUUUGUGUUUGAUCAAAAAUCACUUCACCAACAACAUAUUAAAAAACAACGUAGUAUUGAAAAAAGUUGGAUUUCUCAUCGACCUAAUCGCAAUGUUCAAGUACCUUGCGUUGGUUUAAAAAAUUGUUCAGCUUUUCCUCCUGAUGAAUCAAAGAAUAUUUCUGUUAAUGACAAAUCUGAUGAAUACCGGCCUCGCUAUGUAUGUUCAGAAUGUUUUAAUUCUGAAGGAGGGCAUUUUUUUGAAAGGAAUAAGCGAGGCAACAAAAUUCCUUUUUCAUGUGUGAAUAGGCAUAAUCAUGAUGCCACUGAGUCUCUUAAACUCUUAGGAAAUUGGAUUUUAAACAUUUCAGAAUCAACUGUAGAUGAAUAUAAAAAAAAACUCUUAGCGCAUUUAACCACAACAGUAUUAGCAUUUGAUGAAACAUCGUGUUCUAAGAAAUCACCAAGUCUUUUAUAUAUCAAAGUCGCUCUAAGAUUAAAAAAUAUCAAUGUUAUGAAAAUUAAGAAUCAAUGCUAUAAUUUUACUGAAAGUACAUCGUCAAAAAUUGGAGAGGCAUUAGGAAUCAAAAUAUGGAGAUCACGCAAUGAGAUACGAGAAAAUAAAAAAAAACUCGAGGAACCAGAUUCUUUAGAAGACUAUCAGAAGGGAUUUCCUAGCUUCUUGUUUGAAUUCUUUAAGGGAUUAAUUCAUAGUUUAUUAAAAAAAAAACAUGAGCCCUUUAAUUCAAUAAUUGAAAAAAAUAAAUAUACCAAUAUGAAUAUUUUUGGCACUUCAAAUUUUACCGAUAAUAUGCUUAUUAAUUUUGAAAAAACAUUUCAUAAUUUGUGGGAAACUCAGUUAAAUAACUGGGACGAAAAUAAACUUUUUGAUGAAAUUACAAAAAAUAUAGAAAUGGGAUGUAAUGUUCCACCACCGAAUGUCGUUAUUCUUCAGCCCGGAGAUAAUCCAAAUUGUGAUAAUGAUGUUCACAAUGCUUGCGAUAUGUACUUUAAUGAUGUAGGUGUGGAUAAGACUGAACAUUUAUGUAUAGCUUCCGAUGAAGCCAUAUUUCGAAGAUUAAUAAAAUAUAAAGAAAAAAAUGAAAAAGUAAUAUUAUUUUUGGGGCAAUGGCAUACCUCGAAAGAUAUGUGUAGUGCACUAAUAACUAUUUUCUCUGGCUAUGGAAUAUUUAACUUAGCUGCAAAACUUGGAGUUAAACAUUUGGAUAAAUUAGAAAAGGUAGUGGACUAUCAGGCAACAUGUCGUGUUCUUGAAUUAAUAUGGAUAGCAGUAGGUGCAGCGAUUAGUCAAUAUGUAACUUGUAGAAAUAUGAAAAUGAGUGAUAUUGAGAAUUGCAAUAAUAACGUUCUAAAAGUAUGGUACUAUUAUUAUAAAUGGGCUGGUUAUUGGAUCGGUCACAAAAUAGGAAUUCGAAAAGGAAACUUUGAAAUGCAAUUUAAAAAUCUUUCUGCCUUUUCACCAUUAUUUCCCGUUGCUGGAAAAAAAAAUUAUGCCAAAUCUGUAGUACAUUUUUUAUCAUAUAUAGAAGAUUAUCCAUCCAUUAAAGAAUUACUUAAGCAUGCUUGUUCAGUUAAUUUAACACGUCCUGGUCAUUAUUUCGGAAUAGAUGAAGCUCUUGAACGAUUUGGUGUUAAGUUUGUUAAGCAAUAUAUUCGAGGAAAGCCCAUGAAUUGUGAAGAAAUAAAGCAUCAAAUUUCAUCAGUACAAGAUGAAAAAGAACGUUUAUCAAUGUUAAUAUCCAAGUAUGUAGGGGAUACGAUUAUAAUUCAAAAAGAUCGAGUUACAUCACAUAAAGAAGAAAUGUGGGAAUUAUCCUCUGAGUUACAAAUAGCUUUUUCUUUAGACGAUCCUAAAACUCAUAUAUUAUUUAAGGAUACGAAAGAAAUGAAUGAAAUAGGAUUUCAACGAUUGUUUUCAUGCUAUAAUGAAGGUGUUUUACGGCUUAAUUCUAUUUUGCGCCAGGAUGUUUAUAAAACUGAAGUAAAAGAUGUAAAAGGUCGUGGCAAAC